CCCACAGGAAGUAUAAUUUUUCUGGAUUUUCGAGAAAGACGCUUCCACUCAACGCAUUUCGACGGGCUCUGACAGAACAGUCAGGCGUUCUCAAGCCUUGGCGAGGUCAGGACUUACUGAUGCCCAGAAGGCGGGGAACGCCCACAGUCAUUAUUUGCGGUUGCGCGUUAGCCCAGGUAUCCGGAAGGGGGCGUGGCGCCGUGGCCCGCGUGCCGGGACGCCGUGGUUCCUGCGUGCAAGUGACUCCCGCUUGCAGAUGGCGGAAAUGGACCUGGUUGCAGACAUGCCGCGGCCGGAGGGUGCUGCGCGCUGGGCCGAGGUUAUGGCUCGCUUUGCAGCCAGGCUGGGCGCGCAGGGCCGGCGGGUGGUGUUGGUCACAUCAGGAGGCACCAAGGUCCCCCUGGAAGCGCGAGCCGUGCGCUUUCUGGACAACUUCAGCAGCGGGCGACGCGGGGCAGCUUCGGUCGAGGUUUUCCUGGCUGCGGGUUACGGGGUCCUGUUCUUGUACCGAGCGCGCUCGGCCUUCCCCUACGCCCACCGCUUCCCUCCCCAGGCCUGGCUGUCGGCCCUGCGGCCUUGUGGCCCGGCCCAGUCGGGGAAACUGAGUCUGGAGGCCGAAGAGGGUGCACUCCCUGGCUUUGCUGCAGCAUUGCAGAGCUACCAAGAGGCAGCUGCUGCCGGCACCUUCCUGGCCGUGGAGUUCACCACUUUGGCGGACUACCUGCAUCUGCUGCAGGCUGCGGCCCUAGCUCUCAACCCACUAGGCUCUUCUGCGAUGUUUUACUUGGCUGCAGCAGUGUCUGAUUUCUAUAUUCCUGUCUCCGAAAUGCCUGAACACAAGAUCCACUCGUCCGGUGGCCCACUGCAGAUAACAAUGAAGAUGGUGCCGAAAAUGCUUUCUCCUCUGGUUAAAGAUUGGGCUCCCAAAGCGUUUAUAGUUUCCUUUAAGCUGGAAACUGAUCCCGAGAUUAUAAUCAGUCGCGCUCGGAAUGCUUUGGAAGUUUAUCAGCAUCAGGUGGUGGUGGCCAAUAUCCUCGAGUCAAUACAGUCCUGUGUGGUUAUUGUAACCAGAGACUCGGAAACCAAGUUACUGCUGUCACAGGAUGAAAUAGCAAAAGGCAUGGUGAUAGAAGAGAAGAUAGUGGAAGACCUCAGGUCACGACACACAGCUUUUAUAUGUGACCAGAACUGAAGGACAUGCUCGCCUAGCAUCAAAAACCAGGGUUCUUAGAGCUGACGGGAAGCUAAGGAUAAAGACAGCGAGGCAAAUCAGUGCUGGGGUUGUGUUUCUGAGCGAACUGCCUGGAGACUGAGCAGAAACUGUUCUUCAGUUUUUACGAAGCUGACUAUGGGCUUGCGUGUCUGCAGAACAGACGUAGGAGCCUGAAGCUGGACGUCGGCCUGCUGUACAAUAGAAGGAUCGCGGAUGCGUGGUCAUGCUCUGAAGAUCGCAUAUUCAUCAAGUGCCUACGUGUGCCAGGGCCUGUGAGAGCUGUGAGGGUUUAAAGAUGAAUAAACUCGUCUCAUUCGGGCACUGGAUGUACAAAAGUUUAAGUGCAAUAAAGUAUUUGCCCACA